CCAAUUUCCAGUACCUUUCUUCACAAAUCACAAUGCAGUCUCUCACUUGCUGUUCAUCCCCAAUUUCUCUCACAUUCACCACCAACAAUUUGCUCCACUCCUACACAUCUUCUCACACCAGACCAAAAUUCACUUGUUAUCCCAUUAAAUUUUCAACUACCCACUUUGAUUCUAAGCCGCUUUCCAGUUCUCACUUUUCUAAUCGCUUCCCUGGUAUCCCCAAACUCAAUUUCAGGGAUCAUUGUGUAAAUUGUGUGAAAUUUGGAUUUGGUUUUGAUGGGUUUCAUAGGAGAAAAGUGGAAAGUAAGGGAAGGUCCAAAGCAGUAAUGAAUGUAGAUGAAGCAGUGAAUACCAAAGGCGGCGAAGUCGAAGAGACGGAGAAUUAUGAUGCUAUUGUAAUUGGGUCUGGUAUUGGUGGGUUAGUUGCAGCAACACAACUGGCUGUGAAGGGAGCUAAAGUUUUGGUUUUGGAGAAGUAUGUGAUCCCUGGAGGCAGUUCUGGGUUUUAUGAGAGAGCUGGAUAUACAUUUGAUGUGGGUUCUUCUGUAAUGUUUGGCUUCAGUGACAAGGGUAAUUUGAACUUAAUCACCCAAUCAUUAGCUGCCGUUGGAUGUAAGAUGGAAGUCAUACCAGACCCAACCACUGUUCAUUUUCAUCUCCCAAAUAACCUUUCAGUUCGAGUGCACAGGGAGUAUAAUGACUUUAUCCGUGAACUGACUACCAAUUUUCCCCAUGAGAAGGAAGGGAUUUUAAAAUUUUAUGGGGAGUGCUGGAAGAUUUUCAAUGCCCUAAACUCAUUGGAGCUGAAGUCUCUUGAGGAACCAAUCUACCUUUUCGGGCAGUUUUUCCAGAAGCCCAUCGAAUGUUUAACCCUUGCCUAUUAUUUGCCUCAAAACGCUGGAGCAAUUGCUCGUAAACACAUCAAAGAUCCCCAAUUGUUGUCCUUCAUAGAUGCGGAGUGUUUCAUUGUCAGUACUGUUAAUGCUAUGCAAACUCCUAUGAUAAAUGCAAGUAUGGUUUUGUGUGAUAGGCAUUUUGGUGGGAUCAACUACCCCAUUGGCGGCGUUGGUAGAAUUGCAAAAUCCCUUGCUCAAGGUCUGAUUGAUCAAGGGAGCAAAAUACGUUACAAGUCAAACGUGAAAGAAAUUAUUUUGGAGAAUGGAAAGGCUGUUGGUGUGAGGCUUUCGGACGGAAGAGAAAUUUAUGCCAGAACCAUUAUAUCAAAUGCUACUAGAUGGGACACCUUUGGCAAGCUUUUGAAAUCCGAAAAACUUCCAAAAGAAGAGGAGGAUUUUCAGAAAUUAUAUGUCAAGGCUCCAUCCUUUCUUUCUAUACACAUGGGAGUCAAGGCUGAAGUCUUGCCUCCAGAUACAGAUUGCCACCACUUUGUUCUUGAGAGUGACUGGAAAAAUUUGGAGGAGCCUUAUGGAAGUAUCUUUUUGAGCAUUCCUACCAUUCUUGACUCUUCAUUGGCUCCCAGUGGGCAUCACAUUCUCCAUAUAUUUACAACUUCCUCCAUUGACGACUGGCAGGGACUAUCUCCAGCAGACUACAACAAAAAGAAGGAGCUUAUUGCUGAUGAAAUUAUAAGCAGAUUAGAAAGUAAACUAUUUCCAGGACUUAAAUCUUCCAUAUUGUUUAAGGAGGUUGGUUCUCCAAAAACGCACAGGCGUUACUUGGCGCGUGAUAAUGGCACAUACGGACCUAUGCCACGCUCUGUUCCUAAAGGCUUAUUGGGAAUGCCAUUCAAUACUACUGCUAUAGACGGUCUUUACUGUGUUGGUGAUAGCUGUUUUCCAGGGCAAGGGGUCAUAGCUGUUGCUUUUUCAGGAAUUAUGUGUGCUCAUAGAGUGGCUGCUGAUAUUGGGAUAGAGAAGUCCUCUCCUAUAUUAGAUGCUGCUCUCCUUCGCCUACUUCAUUGGUUUAGGACAUUGGCCUGAAUUUUCAAGUAGGUGAAGCAUGGAUAUUUGGUGCUUCGCAUGGUCUGCAUACAGAAAUUGUUCGAGCAAGGGAUAGAGAAGCCCUCCCUUAUAUUGACGCUGCUCUCCUUCGCUUUCUUUGUUGGUUUAAGACAAUGGCCUGAGUUCUCAAGUAGGUGAAGCGUAAAUAUUGUGUACAUUGCAUAAUCUGCAUACAGAGACUACUCAAGUCCUGGUGAAAAUAUUGGCCAAGUAUUUUUUUUUAAAACUGAUGCAUUUAUUGUAUCUGGUGUAUAAAUGGUACACAAAUUUGCAUAGCAUACUGGAUUAUACAUGUAACCUGAAGAAGAUAAUUCAUUGUUGCUUUUGUUAUAGAAAAACUUUACUGCUAUGACUUCCAA